CAACGCAGCCGUCUCUCAUUCAGUUCAAAUCAUUCAAAGUGUGCAGGUGCGAAGUGUACGUUGUGUUCAGAUCGGAAAAUAUAAAAGCACAAUAAUGCAGGAGCAAAACGGCAAACGAGAAAUCUCGGAAGAGCCUCCGAUGAGCCGUCUUUUCGUGAUUUGUGGCCGGCAGAUUUCCAAGGAUCAACUUAUCAAGCAUUUCGAGGAAGACGGCGAAAUCGAGGAGUGCGUUGUUAUCGUGGAUAAGAAAACCGGUCAGGGUAAAGGUGUCGCUUACGUGAAGUUUAGGAAAACCUCAUCCGCAGCGCGGGGCCUCAGGAAAAAUGGAUCGUACAUUGAGAAUGAAACGAGGCCGAUCAAAGUAAUGAUUUCAGCCAGUUACCAAAAAACGAAAGAAGACGGAAGCCCGGAGGAGGUAAACGAGUUCAAAUUCCGUCGUCUUUUUGCCGUUGUACCCAGCUCGAAAGAUGAAGCUACGAUCAAGGAUGAGUUCGCUAAGUUUGGAACGGUUACCCAGGUACGGCUCGUUCCCGAUAAGAAAAAUGAAAAACAGUGUGCGGCAUACAUCACAUUCACCUCCUUUUUGGAGACGGCACUUGCCAUAGAGGGAUGCGAUUCAAGCUACAGAGCCAAGUUUUGCUUGCCCCGGGAAAAUUUGAAGAAAGACGAAAAAGACACCGGCAAGUUUGGAGCCAGCGAAGAGACGAAACGCAAAAGGACGCACUCUCCGGAUUCGAGCCGACAGGCAGCGGAUGUGAAGCUAGUUGUCAUCUGCAGUAGCGGUUUGAAUCAAGACCGUUUGUGGAGGAUUUUUGACAUCGCUCCCGGAAUGAAGUAUUGCAAUAUUGUAACGCAAAACGACAUCAACACAACCGCUUCCGUCGUUUACUCAAGUCGCGAUGAAGCUCAGCGUGCUGUUGAUAAAAUCCAUGGUCUUGAAUAUCCGAUCGGGGAGAGAAUUAUUGUUCGCUACGAGAACGAAUUUCGAGAAGAAAUCGGUACAAACGAUGUGCUUUCACAGCUUGGACCAAUCAAACCUAUUUUGAAUUCCCAAACUCCCUGUGCCAAAAAGGCAUUUUUCAUCUGCAUGCCAGAGGCCGUUUCUGUUAAGCUCCUACAGGAUGCAUUCUGCCGCUUCGGUGAUUUGAUUAAUGUGUAUCUCAUUCCUGGAAAACGUCACGGCUAUGCUGCGUUUGCAAGUGAAGUUGCAGCGGAUCGAGCAAUUCAACAACUCCAUGGUAUUCAACUGGGUGAUUGCCGAUUGAAGGUGCUCGAAUGUAUGGAGCAGAACGAAACCAAACGGAAGCGACCGAUGGAACAUUAAAUUAUGGAUUAACAAGGAAAUAUGAAAAAGAACUCCAGAUAAAGAAUAUACAACGGAAGAGAAAUUUGAAUACAUUUUAUGAAACACGAACAAGAGGACAUGUACUGAAACAAAACUAUCAUUAUUAUUCCCUCGAAUGUAUGGAAUCCAUUGUACGGUUAAUACGGAUUUGCGGUUAUUGAAAUGUAGCAGGAAAAGGGAUUAUACAUAUUUCAAAUUGAAACGGAAAGAUUAGACCAGGAAAGAACAGUAACUGUAAUGUUAAUCAUUCUCGGACAAAUGGAACGAUGUGUAACUUAUGAAUUUAGAAUCUGUGGAAGUCUAAGCAAAUAAUUCUAAUGAACAAUAUUUCGUUUCCUAUUUAAGCAUUUGCAUUUAUUUCCAACAAAAAAGGAAAAAUAAAAUCAUAGAACAAUAAA